GCAGUAGUUUUUCCACUUGGCCAUCAUAGUCUCGGUCAGGUAACAAGCCCCUUCUUCUCCUCUCAACAGAUAAUGAAGUUACUCUCCUAUCACAAGAAAGAUAACAACAUCUCACUAAUGGGCCAGGAAUAUAAUUCUGACAAAGAAAAAGAAAUAAGAGGAGGAGGAGGAAUACGAGGAGGAGGAAUACGAGAAGGAGGAGGAGGACGAAGGAGAAGAGGAGGAGGAGGAGGAGGAGGAGAAAGAGAAGGAGGAGGAGGAGGAGGAGGAGGAGGAGGAGGAGGAGGAGAGAAGAAGAAGACGANGGAAGGAGGAGGAGGAGGAGGAGGAGGAGGAGAGAAGAAGAAAAUGACGAAAGGAGGAGGAGGAGGAGCAGGAGAAGAGAAGAAGAAAACGACGAAAGGAGGAGGAGGAGGAAGAAGAAGAAGACGGCGAAAGGAGGAGAAGGAGGAGGAGGAGAAGAAGACGACGAAAGGAAGAGGGGGAGGAGGAGGAGAGAAGAAGAAGAAGACGACAAAAGGAGGAGGAGGAGGAGGAGGAGGAGAGAGAUAUGGCGGCGGCAGGGGAGGGGGAGAGACAUAUGGUGGCGGCAGAGGAGAAGGACAGAUAUGGCGGCGGCGGAGGAGGAGGAGAGAGAUAUGGUGGUGGCGGAGGAGGAGGAGGAAGAGGAGGAGGAGGAAGAGGAGGAGGAGGAGGAGGAGGAGAGAAGAAGAAAACGACAAAAGCAGGAGGAGGAGGAUGAGAGAAGAAGAAGACGAUGAAAGGAGGAGGAGGAGGACGACGAGGAGGAGAGAAGAAGAAGACGACGAAAGGAGGAGGAGGAGGAGGAGAGAAGAAGAAGAAGAAGAAGAAGAAGAAGAAGAAGAAGACGAAGAAGAAGAAGAAGAAGAAAAAAAAGAAGAUUUGAAAACAAAUAGGAAAAAAAUGUCGCGCGUGUUAACGUGGCAGCCACGCGACACAACAAAACUUGGGGGAGGAGGAGACCAAUUUGGCGGGGGAGGAGGAGGAAAGAGAUAUGGUGGGGACGGAGGAGAAGGAGGACGAAGAGGAGGAGGAGGAGGAGGAGGAGGAAGGGGAGGAGGAGGAGGAGAGAAGCAUAAGACGAUGAUAGGAGGAAACUUCGGGGAGGAGGAGAUAGAUUUGGCAGCGGAGGAAGAGGAGGAAAGAGAUAUGGCGGCGACGGAGGAGGAGGAGGAGGAGGAGGAGGAGGAGGAGGAGGAGGAAAAGGAGGAGGAGGAAAAGCAGGAGGAGGAGGAGAAGAGAAGAAGAAGACGGCGGAAGGAGGAGGAGGAGGAUGAAAGAAGAAGAAGACGACGGAAGGAGAAGGAGGAGGAAAACGAGGAGGACAAAAGAAGAAAACGACGAAAGGAGGAGGAGGAGGAGGAGAGAAGAAGAAGACGAUGAAAGGAGGAGGAGGAGGAGGAGAGAAGAAGAAGGAAAAGAAAAAGAAAAAGAAGAAAAAGAAGAAGAAGAAGAAGAAGAAGAAGAAGAAGAAGAUCCGAAGAGGAAGAAGAAAACGAUGUGGAAAAAAACGGGAAAAAAGUUGUCGCGCAUGCUGACGUGGCAGCCACGCAA